AUGAUGGCAAGUCGGUAUUUGUGGCUUUGCCUUGUGUUAGUGGCAACGAUUCCCAUUUUGGCCAAACCAUCAGAUGCGGACAAUCCCUUUGCCGACGACUUGACCUCGGAGUACGCCAGGAAAAUCAUAGUGCAAUCAAAAGUGGCUGAUAUUAAGACCAUGAUGAAGCCAGAGGUGGCGCCAUGCGAUGACUUCUACACCCAUGCCUGCGGCAACUGGCAUCGACAUAAUCCCGCCCAGCUACUCGGCAGCCUGAUAACCGACACAUUUCAACUCAUGUCGAAGGGAUUCGACCGACGCCUCCAGCGCCUGCUGCGUUCCAACGACCUCCAAUCUGAGCUGGAGAAGAAAAUGCAGCGUUUCUUUUUGUCAUGCACCCUGGUUCAUCGCGAUGAUGUGCACUUCAAGCUGGCCUUGGAGAACGUCAUCCGGGAGUACGGCGACUUUCCGGCCUUGGUUGGUCGCCAGUGGAACUCUUCAGAUUUCAGUUGGUGGAGAACGGUAGCCAAAAUCCACCAUAAGUACGGCAAACAGAUCAUCUUGGGCCUAGAUAUUAUGCAGGAUGUUCGAAAUACAUCCAUAAACCGGGCAUACUUAGGGCUACCAGACAUCAAGCUGAAAAGCCCAGUCCUUUUUGGUGUUCUCGAGGCAGCCAAAACUUCCAAGGAUCUCCAGGAUUAUUUUGGUCUAAGUCCCUCCGUGGCGAAACAAAUGGUUGAGCAGCUCAACGAACUCGAGAAAACCCUUACGUCCGUGGUCUCGAGUGGAGAUUCUCGCGAAGAUUCACUAUCCCUUUAUACGCUGGACGAUCUUCAACAGAAGUACAGUGACCAUCUUAACUUUACCGAGUUUCUCAGCUUAAUCCUCGGCGAGGAGAAUAUCCCGGAGAGCCUGUACCUCUAUGAUGAGAGUUACCUGGAUAAUGUUAUCGACACAAUGCGUAGCACACCGAUAGCCACACAAUCCAACUAUAUCAUGUGGAAACUGGUUGAGGACUUCCUGCUGGACGCUGAACCCAACGAGAUGGCCAAGUGGUGCACGGAUAAAACCAAGAAGUACUUUGGCCAGCUGGCCGAGCACGCGGUUUACCAGAGGUUUCGCAAUCCGGACGCAGAGGCGGAGGUUUACAAAAUCUGGGGGCAGAUUAAGGGGAUUUUCCGGCAGCAACUGAGGGGUGACAAGCUAGACUGGAUAUCGAAUGCCACAAGGCAGUUGGCCAUUGAGAAGCUGGACCAAAUGCAGCUGAACAUCAAUUCCUACGACUCGGAGAACUUCGAAGACCUUUUCGGCGCGGUGUCCAUCGAUCGACUCAAUUACGUACCGAAUGUCCAGCAGCUGGAAAUCGAAAGGGGCAAGCGAUUGGUGGCAAGGAUAAGGGAGCCCCCUCGCUCCCUGGAUGCAACUGACACGCUCGCCUUCACCCCCACAUACAGUCUUCUGGAGAAUAAUGUCACGAUUCCGGUGGCCCUGUUGCAGCCACGAUACCUCUGGGGUGACCAGUAUCCUGAGGCCUUGAAGUACGCCACUCUGGGCUACCUCCUUGCCCACGAGAUGCUCCACGGCUUCGACGACGAUGGAAUAAAGCACGAUGCCUCUGGCAGCCUGGCUCCAUGGUGGGACUACAAGUCGCGAUAUGAGUUCGAGGAGCGGCGCAAGUGCUUCCAGGCCCAGUAUCACCAGUUCAAGUAUGCAGGAUCAGAGCUGCCGGAGACCAGGGAGCAGUCGGAGAACCUAGCCGACAAUGGAGGCCUCAAGUUGGCCUAUGCCGCCUACGAGCUCUGGCUGGGUCAGCAAUCGGAGGAAGUGCUUCAACGGGAGACCAUGGAGGGCCUGCCCUUCGACAAUCGCCAGCUUUUCUUCGUUGGAUACGCCCAGAUGUGGUGCGACGAUGUCCAGUCACUUUUCAUGUCCUCGUUUGCCCAGUCCGAUAGCCAUGCACCCAGCAAGUACCGGGUGAUCGGACCACUGUCCAAUUUCCAGGAGUUCUCCUGGGUCUUCAACUGCUCCCAGUCGGCGCCCAUGGACCCGGAGUACAAGUGUGCCAUCUACUGAACGGGGAAAUGUAAUCAUUGUUUAACUAUUAUAGCUUGAUUUGAUUGGGUUUAGUCUUGUCAAUUUAAAUGAAGUUUAUUUAGCCAAACCUCAGUAAAGUUAUCUUCAAUCAAAAGGAA